AUGCCAAGCCAUAUGACCCUGCAGGAGCUUCAAGCGACCGGAUACAGACUGCGACGCUCCCACGAGAAGUCCAGGAAUGGGUGCCUCAGGUGUAAGCAGCAGCGCAAGAAGUGUGAUGAACAGACGCCGAGCUGCUCUAGAUGUACCAAGCGCUCAUAUGUCUGUCGAUACCAAAAGUCUCACAGCGAGGCAGAGUUGUCAGAGCAGGAGUCGAUCCAUUCGUCUGUCUCCGACUUGCCUGUAAUUUCAGCUUCAGGGUCGCCGGUCGGAUCUUCGAAUCAUCGCUUCUCCGACCCCAGUCUUCUGCUUGGGGAACAAGCUGACUCUUUAGCACGUUCGAGUACGGACGACAAAAGACUGGGGUUAGACCCGUGCGUUCCAGCUCCCCUUGACGCCACCGAGCUCAGCCUCCUGGGCCAUUACCUCUCUCACACUAGCCAGACCAUCCCCUUCGACGAUCUAGAUCUCUACGCCCUGGCGGUCGGAGUCCCGAACCUGGCUUUCAAAAGUAAGGCUGUCAUGUCCUCACUCCUAGCCUUGGCAGCAGCAUGCAGGUCACACGACGUCGCCAAGCAGAGUCCGAACCCCCUGGACAGGCAGAGCCUCAUGGAGAUCAGCGAGCUACUCGCGCUAGCAGAGCGCCACCAUAGGGCGUCUCUCCAUCACAUCCAAGCCGCCAUGCAAAGCUCAGACUUAUACGAUAACGUGCUCGCCAACGCCGCGUUGAUGGUGUUGUACGCUUCCGCGAGCCAUUCCAUCCGCGUCCAUCUGGCGGCUACUGCAAAACAGUCCGGACAGCGACUGCCGAACGAGCUUUUACCACAGCACUCACAAUGGAUCUCGUUCACACGAGCUGCUCAUACUGCAUCAACUGCAGUCCUCAACUACAUCGUCGAUCCGGCCACGCUCAGCCCUAUGAUCGAUACACGAUUGAAACUCCCGAGCGCGAACCUCAGCAGUAAGGUCUUGUCGCCGCAGAACGGUCCAUCCGACCAUACCAAACGUCUCUUUCUUCCCAUAGUUGCAUCGACGUACAUCCAAGCAUUCGAGAGACUACGCAAGCGAGCAGAAACGACGGUGGCUCUGCUGCAGAGCUCCGAUCCCUUUGCAAGCAACGACCCACAGCUCCACGCAUCGCUGGAAACCGUGUCUAUACUUCAACAAUGCGCUUCUACUGCUCUAUCGACAAGAGAAAGGGACCCAACCACGGAGACUUCGAGCAACCGGGCGUUGUCUUUGCACAAAUCAUCUCGAGUCUCGCCAUGGGUGGCAAGCUACAUGAUCAGCGUCACAUCUAUGGAGGCGCCGCAGGCGCUGCGCCGGAUCAUCAUGUCGUUCCUGAACAAAGCGCCCGCCGACUAUCUCAGCCUCGUCCAGUCGGUGCUUGACGCCCCAUCGAAUGGAAUGACCCCGGACUUCCCGGGAGCGAAGAUCCCGUCGCUCACUGCGGCACAUGUGCUCGCCAUGGACAUCUUUGCGCAUUGGCUGGUCCUGGUAAUGUUAUUGGACGGGGUGUGGUGGAUUGGGGAGAUUGGGCAGUGGGAGCUUGGCCAGAUUGUGUCUCUCAUGAAGACGAAGAAUCCGCUGGGCCAGUCGGCAGAGACGGGCGAAACGUGGUGGCCCGAAAGCAUGUACAUGGUUAAGCGAGAGCUCAGC